UAGAAGUCGCACAGCGUUGCUUUAUACUUGGCAACAUAGCAUAUAGCAAUGUAAUUAUAUUCAAAACCGUGGUAAAAGUGUAGGCAAUCAAGAAAUCAUCAUACGAAAAUAACUGUGACAACUUGCCCCACUCUACGUCUGUUACAUCGCAGGUUAGGUUAGAAUCUAGCACGGUUGUUUCAAGAUGUAUAUGUUUGUUUAUUAAAAAUAAAAUGAAUUCCAAUGAAGGAAAUGUAGAUGGUGACCAAAGUACCUUCCAGACGAUCAGAAGAAAAUGUUUCUGUGGCGUACGCAUUGGUUUGUUGUUUUCGCUAAUACUUUAUUUAGCGAUGAUUAUUGUCGGAAUAAUGGGCAAAAAUAACUGUCCAGUAAAUCAGUAUAUUCCUCUAUUUUUGAUUGUAACAGGGGUUAUUGGAUUGAUCUCUAAAUUAACUACAGCUGUUCGUGAUAAACUGGAAGACCACUUCAGGGUUAAAUAUCUUGAGUCUGCUCUCUAUACAAUUGAAUUUAUAUUUUUAAUAUUGGGUUCCUAUUGGGUGUUUAAAAAUUUUCAACCCAGCUACGACCCUCAUAGUGGACCGUUGUAUUGUAAAAAAUCUGUCUAUUUGUUUGCAUUUAUUUAUUUGGCAAUAGUUUACGCGAUAUUGAUAGCAACAAUAGCUGGAUAUCUCUGUUUUGUUUUUACAAUGUGUUUCCUAGCCAACCGUUCUGAUGAUGGUGAAAGAGAUGUGGAGGCACAAAGAAAUAUAAAUGUGGAAAACAGAACAUAAUUGCAGAAUUUUUAUAUUCAUUUUAUUAUAUGUAAAAAAUAAGUUCUAAUAUAUAUUUGUUUACUUCA